UAUAAAAAUGGAAAGUCUAGGAAAGAGAAAUUUCGCGAGAAGGAGAUCAGAUUCAAUUCUUCUCAACCAAAUUACUACAAUCGAUGGCAUUGAAACAAUUCUGAGAAAGGUAGCUUCAGAAGUAUUACUCAAGAAUGUACCGAUCAAGAUUACGUUUUUGAAUGAUGGGAACGAAAAUUUUGGAGAUAUGUCGAACGAAUCCGAUUGCUUUUCGAACGUUUCAAGUUCAAACGACGAAUAUCCAAAGGAAUUUGAUGAUUUCGAGAAGAAUAUGGAAAAAUAUGUUAUCGUUUCCAAGUACGGAUUGCCGAGUAAAACUAUAUGUACUUGCCAUGUUGAACGCAGCAUCCCAUCAUCAAGAUCUUGUACUGAUUUAUCACGAAUUGCGUCUCCUGUCAAGAUAUCUAAACCGAAAAGCUGUUUCGAAUUUACGAAGAAUACGGAAGACCUGGAUAACAUAUGCAUGAGACAUGUUAACAAUUUGAGAGCUUUGAGGCAAUAUAAUGAGGCCUGCCAAAUAUAUGAACUGUUUCUCAAAUCGUUCGAAGACUCCGAAGAUUUUGAUAAUGUCGAAUACUCAUUUCAACUGCAGUAUCCUCACCUCUGGGACCAUCUGGUUGAAUACUACAACCUUUACCCUGAUUCUGAAUUAAUUUCAAAAGAAAAUGAGAGCAAAUUGAAGAUAAUACAUUCCUGUAAAUGUAUGCUGGAAGAAGAGGAGAUCUACAGGGUGAAAAACAUCGAUUUGUUCAAGAGCAAGUUGGCCCUAAGCGGAAAAAAGAAAGAUCUCCACGAAGACUUCAUAACCUCAUGUAAUUACUUGAAGAAAGAGUAUCCUUUUCUAUUUACUGUGCUGACAUGGAAGCAUAAAUUAUCGAAAUUCGUUACCAAAAGAAUGGUCAUUGAAAAAAAUCGUCUCAAAGUAAUUCAAAUGGCGAAUCUACCACAUGAACUACUUAUACAGCAUAACGAAAUUUGUGGAACUCAAAAUGAAGACAUACAGGAAGAGGAUUUUUAUGAUGAGGAGUAUAACUACGAUGAUGAAGAUGUGGAAAAUUGAUUGUCUAUUCCUUUCGACUUGUUGAACUACUACCAU